CUUCCCUCCUGCAACAGAAAUCAGUUUUUAUUGCCCUCACGCCCCGCCGCCCUCUUCUUCGUCAGGUAUUCUUUACAAGAGCCUGAUUUCGCCAUAGGCCAGCGGAGUGGUCAUUGCAAAAUGAUCUAUGCUACUUGCUUGCCAACAUAAUCCCAUCCCAACACGUCCCGAUUUCGCUGAGCCCUCGACUUCAGAAGCUAGCGCGACACCGCGCAAGACACCAUUCGUCACAACCCUUGACCACGCCCACUUGCACCAACAUCUUGCAACCAACGCCUAGAAUCCCCCCAUUUGGCUUCCAUAUACGCACAACAUGGAGGUGCCCGAGAAGAAGAAGCUCAAGCUGAAGAUCAGCCGGACCCCGUCCAUGUCCAGCAGCGGUCCGGGGUCUGCCAAUCCAUCCAGCGCUGUCGGCUCUUCUCAACAUGUUGUCGCAACACCAGGCCAGAUGUCGCCCAAUAUUCCAUCCUCAGCCGACGCAGCUAUCAUGCCACCACCGGCAGUACCGGCAACACCAACAGAACAUAAAACACACAAGAUCAGGCUAUCUAUCAACAAGAGCCAGCCAUCCACCCCGGUCUCCGAGUCGCCACCAGUGUCUAGAAAGCCUCUUCCAACCAACAGGACUGCUCUGCCCGGCGCUCCGCCGGCGGGCGAGGCACAAGCCCCUUUGACUAUGACCAAGGCAGGGCGGACCUCGAAACCCACAGCGAAGAAGCGCGCCAAGGCGGAUGCCGAUAGUGGCGAUGAGGCCCAGCCGAGCAGAAAUGCCCAGGAACCUGCGAAGAAGAAGAUGAGAACAAUCAAGUUGAAGUCGGGCCCCGAUGCUCCCAGCGCCCGGAGAAAUUCGUCAUUCAGAAUCGCUAUCAAAGAUUCUCACAAGUCGACAUUCUACCGUGAGAAUGGCUCGGGCUACGACUCGGAAAUGGAAGACGUCGAGGAGGAUCCCGUCAUCGAGGAACAAAUUGUGCUGCGCAUGAUGGAAGGUCCUGAGUGCGACUAUAUCAACUCGUGCCUGGACGCAAAAAAGUUUCCUUCGGGCGGCAUGGACUUCAAAUUGAGGUGGCUCAAUGAGCGGAGGGCGAUCGUGACAGUCCAAGGACGGAUGUACGCGGCUGUGCUUGUUGAUAUGCCGACUAUUACGGAGGGAAUGAAGACGUGGGACAAGAAACUCAUGAUCAAGUCAGGGGAUAUCUCUCAAAUGCUACUGGUUUUCGCUAGGGUUGAUGACGAGGCCUCGGCACGCACAGCAGAACUUCCCAAAGUCAUCUUCGACGGGCACAGGUGGCCACACGGAUUGACGCCACCCAUGCACGAUGCCGUCCAUCGCAGGUUCCGCAAGCGCUUGCACAAAAGUGAGAUUCUUAAUAAGGAACAAGAAGUACAGAGGCUGCUCCAGGCAGACAAGAACGCCGUUAGCACAAGGUACGAGUGGAUCGAUGAACGGAGGGAUACCAUGCAGGCGGGCACGCCAGAUAUGGAUCAAGAUGCCGAAGGAGAAGAAGAUGCAGAGGGCGAGGUCGACGAUACCUGGGACAUGGGCGCGAACAAUAUGGAUAUGAUUGAUGCCGAUAUCGAGGCUCAACUCGAGGCCGAACUCAACGACCUCGGUUCGGAAAUGGCAGAGACACCGAUUCAGGAAGGCGCUACCCCGGCAGCCUUCGCCCCAGAGACACCAGCAGCUGGUGCCGAGGCUGCAGAUCUGGAGAAUGGGGACAAGGCCUCGAUCGAAGGCGAGAGUGGAGAGGACUACGAUGACGACGAUGACGAUUCCGAUGAUGACGUGAACGAGGAGGAGAAGGAGCGCAGAGAACAGAUCCGAGGUGUGCGCGAGGAUGUCAGAGACAUCGAAAAGCAGAUCAAGACUUUACAGGCGGAGCUGGCCACAAAUGCCAAUCCGUUGUUGAGGAGACGUAUAGAAGGCAGGAUCAAAGGUCACAUGGAAGACCGGCAGUUGAAACUCGCUUCAAUAGGGGAAGUACCACCGGAGGAUGAGGACCAGGGCGAGUGAGCAACCUAUGAAGUGGGUUUGAGAUGUCGGGACUGAGGUUAGCACCUGACCCUACCCUGUGAGUAGUAUUGUCAGUCCCAGACUACCAUGUCGUCUGUCAGCAACACAGAAUGCCAUGAAGCCGGAGUGAGUAGCAGCUAUUGGGCUUUCUUGCGCUGUUUUGAGGCGCAUUUCCCAGGCCCUUGGAGGUUGAAUGGGCUUUAGCUUUAAUCAAGCAAGUUAAUUUAUC